AUGGAGCCGGUCGCUGUGGAUCGCACUCACUUCGGGGAGCAGCAGCACGCCAGGCACACCGGCGCCGUGCCCCUGACGGUCCCGAAGCGCGGCGUCCGGCACGGCAUGGGCCCGGGAUGCGCCGCUGAACACAGCCACGACGUGGAGAUGUCGCAGGUCGACACGCUGGAGAUCAGCCACCCGCAUGCGGGCUUCGCCACGGGGCCCUCGCACGACGAGGCGACGGGCGGGCCCAGCCCCGCGGCGCGCGCGGCGGCCAGCGCGGCCGUUGAGGCGCGCGCGGCGUUCGCGCACAUCCCGGACACCGUCCUGGGCACGGCCGCCAACCUCCCCCCGAUGCACCGCCCGGGCGACCCAACGGUGGCCGCGGCCCUGCGCGCCGCGGAGCCGUUCGACGCGGCGGUGCUGCGGUCCGGCGCGCUGGCGUCCGUCCUCGCGUACUCGUCGCACCUCAUCGCGCGCGGGUCGCUCGACGACAACUUCUACGUGAUGGACCUGGGGCACGUGGCGCGCGCGGUGCUGGCGUGGCGCGCGGCGAUGCCCCGCGUGAAGCCGUUCUACGCGGUCAAGUGCCACCCGGACCCGGGCGUGCUGGCGGUGAUGGCGGCGAUGGGCUGCGGGUUCGACUGCGCGUCGCCGGCGGAGAUCGACCUGGCGCUGCGGAGCGGCGUGGACCCGGGCGCGGAGAUCAUCUACGCGCACCCGGUGAAGCGGCCCGCGGACCUCGCGCACGCGCGGCGCGCGGGGGUGCAGUACGCGACGUACGACUCCCCGGGGGAGUUGGACAAGGUCAAGGAGUUCUACCCCGACAUGAAGAUGGUGCUGCGGAUCCGCGCGGACGACCCGACGGCGCGCGUGCAGCUCGGGAACAAGUACGGCGCGGAGCCGCAGGUGUGGCGGCGGCUGCUCGCGGAGGCGCGCGCGCGGGGGCUCGAGGUGGUGGGGGUGUCCUUCCACGUGGGGUCCGCCGCGAACGACCCGGGGGCGUACGCGCGCGCGAUCGGGAACGCGCGGUACGUGUUCGAGAUGGGCCGCGAGCUCGGGUUCAACAUGCGCCUGCUCGACAUCGGGGGCGGGUUCUGCUGCACCAUGGAGGGGGGGCGCAUCGACGUGUCGGGCUUCGCGUCGCGCGUGAACGCCGCGCUCGCGGAGCACUUCCCCGAGGGCUGCGGCGUCGACGUGAUCGCGGAGCCCGGGAGGUACUUCACGGAGCACGCGGGCAUCCUGCACUGCGCCAUCGUGGGCCGGCGGCCCGUGGAGACGCGGCUGCGCGGGGCGCACGGCGGGCGCUGGGCGACGGUCGGCAUGCAGUACUUCCUCACCGACGGCGUGUACGGGUCGUUCAACAACAUCGUGUACGACGGGUACGACGUCGGGCGGCGCACCAUCCACCCGCUGCCGGCGUCCGGCGCCAUGGUGCCGCCCGGGCGGGAGCUACCGUCGACGCUGUUCGGGCCGACGUGCGACGGCGCGGACACGAUCGCGAAGGGCAUCCCGCUGCCGGAGUCGCACCCGGGGGACUACCUGGCCUUCUCGGAGAUGGGGGCCUACUCCAUCGCGGGGGCCACCGACUUCAACGGAAUCAAAGUGUCGAACCCGACCAAAUUCUACAUCUUCACGCUUGACUACUGA